AUGUCUCUGUCGCGAGCUUUUACCACCUCGCGCCGCAAGCUCGGCCUGGAUAUCGACUCGGCUCCCAGCUUUAUGAAGCGCAGCAACACCACCACCAAGACACCUCCAUCUCGCCCGAAGAUUUCUGCGCCCGUCGAGCUCAUUCACACCACAAACAUCCUCACGUACAAUGCGCCCGACCUGCCUCGUCCUUAUCGCAGCAACUCGGCCUCCUCCAAGACGCCCGACUCGGACACGGAAACUUUUAUGACAACCGACUCCACGCCUCCCACCAGCCCUGAUGUGUCUCCUCAUGAGCGCGACUGCGCGUCGCCUACGCCGGAGCCAAACCAUCUGUCCUGCUACUUCCAGACCGCUGGCCGGACUAGCCUGGAUCCUGCCGCCCCCAUCAUUCCCAAACGUUCGCCAUCGCACACCAAAAAGGCCAGCUACGAAGCCCUCGCUCGCAAGCGUUCCUCUCGCCAGUCGCGCGACUCAGACAUGUCGGCCUCUUCACGCCCAGGUCUGACUUUUUCACGUGCCUCUUCCACUUCUACACGUGCCUCAUCUGCCUCGUCUACUCUUGCGCAAAAGACACUCCCUGCUACCCCGCCAGCCAAUAUUAGCAAGGAGUCGCAUCCUUUUGGCCAGGAGCUUGCCCAGGUUAGCGAGCUUGCUGAAGAGUAUGGUGUUGGCAACAAACUCAAGCCCAUUGACGAGGAAGAGGAGAUGUACCUCAGCUCCCGUUGCCUCUCCAAGUUUAGUGCCAACGACUACCUAGGCAUCGUCCAUGGCCUCAGCAGCUCUUUUUUCCCGGAGCACACUGCGGCCCCCGCCCCUCUCUGGAUUUAG